GCGAUCGGCGGCGCGGCCCAGCGCCAGCGCCUGCGCCUCCGCCGCCCUGGGGUCGCCGAGGUCGAGCGCCUGGGCCAGGCCGCGCGGCGUCGGGGCGCAGAAGCGCGCCGGCCGCACGAAGGCGAAGAGCUCCAGCAGGUCGAAGGCGACGAAGGGCUCGACGCCCAGGCGCGUCGCCGUGGCCCGGGCGUGGCAGACCAGCGGCGGCGUCUGACGCGCCCGGCGCGCGGCAUCGCCGGCCUUCAGCGACUCCACCUCGCCGUCCGGGCUCAGCCAGACGGCCCCGGUCAGACCGGCGACGAGAGCGGGCGGCGGUUCGCUGGCCUCGCGCCGCCGCAAGCUUUAUUGCCUUGCGGUGCGAUGCGCGGAGAUCCGGAUCUGAUCCAGCGGCUGGUGCGCGGCGACAAGCCGAGCUGGGACCGCUUCGUCGCCGAGACGGCGGCCGUCGUCUAUGCCGCCGUGCAGAAGCGUCUGGCCCCGGCCGGCCGCGGCGACGAGGCCGACGACGUGGCGCAGGAGGUCUACGUCAAGCUCUGCCGCAACGACUACAAGCUGCUGCGCGGUUUCGACGCGAAGAAGGCGAAGCUGACCACCUUCCUGACGGUGAUCGCCACCACCACGGCGAUCGACACGCUGCGCCGCGGCCGGCCGACCGGCGUGCACGCGGAGACGAUCGACGCAGUGCCGGAAGCCCGCCUCGCGGUCGAGCCGGUCGAGCCGGUCCAGCCGGUGCGCAUUCCCCCGGGCCUGCUGUCCGCGCGCCAGGCGGCCGUGCUGCGCCUGCUCUACGACGAGGAGAAGGAGGUCGGCGAGGCGGCCGCGCUGCUCGGCGUCGAAGCGCAGACCGUGCGCUCCAUGCAUCACAAGGCUCUGACCAAGCUGCG